AUGGACUUUGGUGUGCACUUUUCGUCUGCGUUUCUGUUGGCAUCUUGGGUUCCGGACUGGAGCUCGGAGCUGAGCAUCCCGUACGGGUAUCUCAAUUCCAAUACACCACUCUUUAGUUCAGGCAGUGAUAAACAAGCUGGGAUUUGGGCUCAACUGCGUCCGAAACGUGUGGAUGGGACGACGGCCCUCGUCAUUCCGGGAUUCGAGGCUGAUUCUGUUGAGCUGACCGGGCAGCAUGUCCGCCGGCAGAUGUCAACAUCAGAGGAUAUGGGCGUGUUAUGCAAUUACUUCAUAAGCGACAUUUUGUAUUUCCAUUCGCUCGUUAUCCGAAAGUCCAAUGCACCAACUGUGCGUCACGGACGCGGAGACGAGAUAUACCCUGGUUCCUCUCAACCGGGGGACGUGAGGUUCCACCGCCAGGCUAAGCUCAAAGAAUGGGUAGGAUACAUUCGAAGCCUCCACGAUAUCCGCCACAAUCCUCUUUUCAACGGCUGGAGGAAAGCCAUGGGCCUUUACUACUACGUACCACGAUGGCUCCGGUUCGGCGAUAGCUGGGCCGUGUACGACUUUUUCGAAAAGUACGACGCAUGGUAUAAGUCAUUCGGGCCCGAGUUUCGUGGACCGCAAUUCCCGGAAGAUGGCGCUCACCUCGAUGAGGACAUCAGAAAGGCGGCAUUGGCGGCUAUGGGUACAUUCAACGUCGCGUUGAUGCGCAGUUGGGACGGAGGUGCUUCAUGA